GUCUGCCUCCUAGCUUGCACCUUGUUCACGAGCGCUGGCGCUAGGAGUUAUGGCACACAACCUCAUAAGGCGACUGACUGCAUAGGUACAUGCCCUCCGCCGACGCCGUGAUGCUCGUUUUCGCCCUCGCCCUCGCCCUCCCUCUUCCGCCUGCACGACGACCUGAACGAGACUAGACCGCUGUGCUUCUCCUGCAGCGCUCCGGCCGCUACUCCUCCUCCUCCUCCCCCCAGGCGCCCACUACCGCCGUAGCCUCUCGGUACCCUUCGCCUGCGCUCAACACCUAUCCCCUCAGGUCAGCAAGCAAGCUCCCUUGCCUCUCUCUCGCCGGCCCUGGUCCACUGCUCUGCAGAACUAGGCAGCCCACCCCUCGAGGCGUGCUUGUGUCCGGCUGUGGCUGUGCUGUGCUGCCGUGCUGUGCUGCCUAUCUCGGAAUACCCAUACCUCAGCAAAAGACGGACCUCUCACAUCCCUUCCUCUCGCAUGGCCUGGGACUGGCAGUACAGUAGGGCUGACUGAGCGUAUCAGUGCUCCCAUCCUCCGCCCGAGCACGCACUCGCAUCGGCCCUUUCGCGCUGUCCACUUCAAUCCAGUCCCGCUCAGCUCGCACCUGGCCCUCUGCGUGCGUCACAGUAGUGCCGUUGCGACUACUACUGCUCCUGCUGCUCCUGCUGCUGCUGCUGCUGCAAGACGCUGCAGUGAACGGAGUAAGCGCUCUUGUCAAGACGUGCCUUGCCACACCGAGCGUGGUGGCAAUCGCUGACAUUGAGGACCGAUUCGCCGGUCGAGCUGGUGUUGUCGUGCUCCUGCUGCUUCUUCUACUUCUUCUUCUGCUUCUGCUUGUGCCGCUCAUGAGCCCGCACCUGAUCCGGGAAGAUGUCUGGUAUACCAGACAUUACGCUCAAUCACCGCCGCUUUCGAAGCUCGCCGCACUAUCCGAGCGCUCCUGCGCCCAUGACAAUACCGAGAGCACAGGAACAGCCUGUUCCACCGCCUUUACCGCCUCCAUCUUAUAUACCGAUCUCGCCAAACCACGACCCUGGCUGGCAGUGGGGCAACGAUCCUAAUGCUUCUGAUUUUGGGAAGUCUGCAUCUGUGAAGCCAGGGAGUAGCCUGUUAGGUGGAGCACAAGUCAGAGCAUUUGGAGGCAGAGCAGAUAGGGACAACAUCGCUGGAUAUACCCAUACGACCGACUGGGCACGCCGAGGGAGUGCUAUAUCUACUUCCACCACUGCGACCAUCACGGGCCACAUCAACGACCUGGUGGAGAGCGGGAGCCUGACGCCAAGCGACGACGGCAGCAUGUCCAGACCGGGCUCAGAUUACAGACUCCAUGGCGAGAGACACCUCGAGCAGCGGACCUUAGAGGCCUCUUCAAACACGUACGACAAGCAGCUAUUGAGUCGCAUUGGAGGACCUAAUGGCCCUCCAACCCCAAAGCGCUCCUCAAUCUCGUAUGCGCCUGCCAAUGUGCAGGAAACUGCACAGCUUGCUCAUGCUGAGACUGAGCGUCGUAAUUCCCAGCUACUGCGACCUCUCUCCAUGCCAGAGCGAUCGCAGCAGGGCUCCUUGGAAUCCCCCGCGAGCUCGCGUUGGCCAUCUUCCGGCGCUAUUUCCCCAGGGUUCACAUGGUCCUGGAAUGACCACGAAAGCGGCCGCUUUCAACCUUCGCGACACAGUAGCUUGACCUUUGAGGACAGUAUCUCGCAACGAGGUAGCUACGAUGCGUCCAUGUUCCAUCAAGACGACCCCAUGGAGGACAGUCACAUGCGAGACCUGAACAUCCGGGAUCGACAGGAUCGAAGUCCAAGGUCAGACGACCACGCACGAGCUGGACAGAAACGGCGCGCUUCGUCUCCACCCCGAGAUUUGACUCGUGAAGAUCGUGCUUCGGUGAGCAGCGCUUCAGUGCACGGCGAGGUCACGCACCGGCGGUCUGUACAACAGCUGCCUAGAGCCUCGCCCAUCUCGCGGUUUCACCCGAACCAUUCUUCGGUCUCUUCAGCUUCGUCCUAUGGUCCAAGGCAUGGUUCGCUAGGAUCAUCACUCACUGGCCUCAGCAUACCGAGCAGUGCUGCAACCAGCUAUGCUUCGGGUCGCAUCUCUCCUAAUGGAUUGUCUCCUGCUUUUGAUCCAACAGAGGCACGACUGAAUGCACAGCAGCUUCCAAGUUCGAAAGGAUUUGUUGGCCCCAAUUCUGCGGCAGCUCCCGCGGUGCAGCCCAAGAGCCCCUGUGGGAGCGCGCCGCAGUCUCGAAAGCCUUCUGCGUCGCAUUUGCAAGGAGUUUUCAUCUGUGAAUGUUGUCCGAAGAAGCCGAAAAAGUUCGAUAUGGAAGAGGAUCUGCGGUUACACGAGUCGGAGAAGCAGUAUACCUGUGCUUAUUGCCCCAAUCGGUUUAAAAACAAGAACGAAGCAGAGAGGCACCAGAAUUCCCUUCAUUUACGUCGACACAGCUGGUCGUGCGCCGCUCUUGCUGGCGUGGAAGCAGCAUUUCACAGCUCUGGAGCUGGUAGCGGGCACGACAUUUGCGGCUAUUGUGGAGAGGAGUUCCCGAACCCGCCUCAGUGGGAUAUGCGCGCCGAGCAUCUCAACCACGUGCACAAAUUUGGCGAAUGCAACCAAGCGAAGAAAUUCUUCCGGGCUGAUCACUUCCGGCAACACUUGAAGCACAGCCACCAAGGCACAUCGGGAAAAUGGACUAAUAUGCUGGAACUCGCAUGCAUGAAAGACGAGCCUUUGCCGGAAAAGCGAGUGGUUACACAAGCUGGUCACGCUGCACCUUCGGCUCUGAUGGUUUCGACGAAUAGCCACUCGCCAGAUGCACAGCUUGGCAGCGGUAUAGCAUCUGGCGAGUCGAGCUGAGCAUGCAUCGUGGUCUCCAACACUACCGAAACACUGCUCGAGAGUGCUCUCUCUCUCUCUCCACAUUCACGCUUCUAUGAAUCUGAUGACGAUGAUCACGACGCAAAAGCAUAAUGGACGCGUACGCAUUUCUGAAAAGCGUUUGGCGUGCAUAUUUUUCGAGGCAUACCUUAACAUUCAUGUCGAACAUUUACCUCUGAUGCCUGAUCACGGUACCACAGGAUUCUUGCGACCACAAAAGCAAUGUCCUAUUCGUCUAGAACGUUGCAAAGGGAGGCAGCUUGAUCUGACAUGUCAAAGCUAAUGCAGCCGGGGCAUUGUACAUGACUGGUUUUGUUCUCGACACCAUGGCACUGCAUAGUGGUCCAUGGCGCUAAUAGAUCUGCUCACGUUAUUAGCAUGAUCCAUGAUGGAUUCUCAUGCUUGCGAGCAUAUUGCCGAUAACCGCGCUUGGCGAGCUGAAUUGCUUCGUUCACGGGAACGAAGGAAGUCAGCCACAGAGCCCCACCAUACCGACGAGACUUUUGGUUUGCUUGGGGCAUAGAUCCAUCAAUCUCAGGAGUCAAGACUGCGUCGUCAUAGAUCAGCUCUUUCAGCAGCGUAAAAAUUUAUUACACAUCUGGCAGAUUUGCGAAGAGCGCCUCAAUCCAACAGUGUUCUCCCGGAACAGCUCCACGCAAAGGGUCGGAGGCAUGCUUGAGAUACGUCUUGUUACCGAUGACGGCAGGAGACGGCGAGCUGUGGUCACCGAUAUCCCUACAGCGGCGAGGCUCGUGGCGCUACAGGACGCACGCUCAUAAGUGGUCCUGGGAUGUUCUUCUUCUUGUUUUUAUGCUUGGACCGAUGUGGUCAACCGUACUGCUGAUAACCCCGGCUGUAUGAAAUGACAGAUUCAUCAAGCAUGUACGGCAAAUCACUAAAGAUCAAUCUGAGCACUCUAUAAUAAAGUGAAGCAGACAAUUUGCAAGCACCAGCCUGCAGUCACAUGCAUAGUCAUACCUGAGGCCAAGCAAUCGACUUCAAAUUCGUUGCCGUCCGCGUCAGAGCCAAGACCUCGCUCCUUCCGUCUUCUUUUUUCUAACAACCUCAAGACAUGGAAAGUCUGAUACGCACUUGCACUUCUUUACCCCGGUUUGGCUAAGAAAUAGGAAAGGACUGAGACGGACCUACCUGUCUAAACCGGAAUGAGAUCAUCACGUGUGCCAGCAGGACACGGAGCCUGAUGAGACCUCACUUGCUUCGUUGUGCUUACUGUCUGAUCUCGAUCGGGACAGAAUCCAGGGCGGGUUAGUAGGUCACCACAAGAGAGGAUUGGGAAUUGACACAAAGCAGAAUUGCUCGCACGUUAGAUCACAUUUCAUUCUAUUGACUACCCUAAAGUUAUCAACCAGCACCAGCAUGCCUCACAAGCACAAGACGGAGGCCCUCAAGCAAAUCAAGACAUG